GCAUAAUGUCCUCAAGGUUCAUUCAGGUUGUAGCCUGUGUCAGAAUGUCCUUCCUUUUUAAGGCUGAAUGAUAUUCCAUUGUCAGGACAGACCACACUUUGUUCAUCCAUUCGUCUCUCAGGCCACUGAGAUUUGCCUCUGUCUGCCUCCCCCAGGGCUCAACUGACCACACCAGUGAACCCAGCGUGCCCGAGUCCUGGCAGCGGGAAGGCUGAUGCAUGCAAAGCGGGCAUCUCCUUGCCUGGCCACCUGACCACCCUGGCGCGGCCGAAUCUGAAAGCUAAUGACAUUAUUGUGCAGAGACACAAUGUCUGUGGGCAUUUGCUGACCCGGGCUUUGGUGUGGGCUUAAUUCAGCAUUCUCACCCUGCUUUCCGCAGGGACGCAGUGGUCACCCGUCUUGGCACCAGCACUCCUGGGGAAGGUAUAAAUGCCACCUCCCGCCAGCCAGCUUCACGGGCACUCUCAGGGGCUGGUGUCACUGGUCAGUCCUGCACGAGACAGCCCACCAUGGCCUCAGACCUCCAGACCCAAGCGGGCAAGCCACAGCCCCUCAACCCCAAGAUCAUCAUCUUUGAGCAGGAGAACUUCCAGGGCCACUCGCACGAGCUCAACGGCCCCUGCCCCAACCUGAAGGAGACUGGCGUGGAGAAGGCCGCCUCCGUCCUGGUUCAGGCUGGACCCUGGGUGGGCUACGAACAAGCCAACUGCAAAGGAGAGCAGUUUGUGUUUGAGAAGGGCGAGUACCCCCGCUGGGACUCAUGGACCAGCAGUCGAAGGACGGACUCCCUCAGCUCCCUGAGGCCCAUCAAAGUGGACAGCCAGGAGCACAAGAUCAUCCUGUACGAGAACCCCAACUUCACGGGGAAGAAGAUGGAGGUCAUAGACGAUGACGUGCCCAGCUUCCACGCGCACGGCUACCAGGAGAAGGUGUCCUCUGUGCGGGUGCAGAGCGGCACGUGGGUCGGCUACCAGUACCCUGGCUACCGCGGGCUGCAGUACCUGCUGGAGAAGGGCGAUUACAAGGACAGCGGUGACUUCGGGGCGCCCCAGCCCCAGGUGCAGUCUGUGCGCCGCAUCCGUGACAUGCAGUGGCACCAGCGGGGCGCCUUCCACCCCUCCAGCUAAUGCUCCUCAUCUCCUCCUUCCCAGGGGCCUGGUCUGCUUCCCAGGACCCCCCACCCCAGACAUCCUGGCGAGUGAAUAAAGUGUGACUUGCAAGUU